AUGAUUAGGAUUGGGUUGCUGAUUAUCGCUGGUUUACCUGACCUCAUCUCACCAUCUUUCGGGGGUGUAGCUCUGUUCACAACGAUUUAUCUUCGACCUGUUUCCCCAUUUCCCGAAUCCCCUUCUACCAACAUCUCUUCCCUCCCGGUUGUUAUUUCCAUGACCAACAAAUGUGCUUCCUCAUCUUCAGUCCAUUCGUCGUGUUCAUCGACGGCCCUUUUCAACGGUGAUUUAACCCCUAAUCAGCCCACUCUCAAUUCUCGAGCUGCUUCUGUGAUGCAUUCCUGUUCCUCAACUUUGCUCAACCGGAUCUCCACCGACCCGAAUAGUUACUGCGCCGUGGUAGCUGACGCGUGUCGGUUCAACCGCGGUCUUGGCAGAGGCCGUAUCUCACGACUACCGUUUCUGGACUUGGCUACCCAGACUUCCCAACGCCCUGCUCCAUGGCUCUAUCGACCACUGUGCGAGCGAUCUAGAAACGUAUUGGAAAGUGGCACACACGUAGUUCUCCGUUAUAUGCGCCAUCGAUGGCGACUAGACUACCAAACGCCUUUGAGGAAACGAAAGUUGGCCGCGGAUCGUCUUUGGUUUACCCUACGAACUGGGCUGACCGCUUUGGGGAUUCCAGUCGAAUUGAUUCCUCUGGUUACCAAACGAGCUUAUGCAAUAGCCGGUCUCCCAAUACCGCCGGGCCUCGCCCCCCAUCUUGAAGCAAUGAUUGCAAAAAUCAAUCCGACUAGUUCUCAACCAAAUGGGACCGGAGCUUACUCCUCGUCCGCUCGCACCCAUCCAUCCUCACUUGGUCUGAGUACGAAGAAGCAUUCAAAUUCCGAUCUCGUCAACGAUUCAGCCAGUCGGAAAGCACCUUUAAAUGGUCGGGAAGAGGAAUUGUCAACAGUAGUGGAUGAUACUCUUGUGGAUUCAGCAGAUAUUGUGAUCAAACAGCCUUGUGUGAGCAUGACUCGAUGUCGUUUGUUUGAUGCUGGAGGGACCCCAUUGGCCACUGGGGAGGACAGUGCAUUGUCCGCAGAUAAUGCUGGAUUGAAACGAGCUUCCAGUGGGGUCAGUGAAGAUGGUGGAGUGUGUUGUGACACGAAGACAGAUGAUGAAAUGUCCGUACAGUCGGGUAAUGGGACCAAACUGGGCUCGAAUUCAGACGGCCUGUAUGCGCGAGCCAAAUACGAGGCUACGGUGUACGAGGUGGAAGACGAAUCACCCGAGCAAGAUGACGAGGAGGAGGAGGAGGAUGAAGAGUUGGAUGAUGAUGUUGAAUGGAUUCAGUCUCGUGGGCGGCGGUCUUACCACGCAUUAGCCGGUGGACGUGCAUUCGGAUCCGCCAAACGACGAAGGCGUUCUUUGGCCAGACGCAAGGGGAGUCGGUUCGCUGUUGUAGGCACGCGACUUUCAACCCGUCGAAUAGCUGCUGGUUCGUUCGCGCAAACUCAGCGAUCUCCCGGUGGCAGACAAAAGCGUCUAACGGAUCGAUCGGUGGUCAGAACAGACUCCGCUAUCCAUCAGAUUUCAUCUUCACGUGCGACUUUAUCGGUGCGUGGUAAAUCUACAGCCAACUCGUCUGGUCCGAACAGAGAAUCUGAAUCUAUGCGUGAUGAUCACUGGGAAGAGUUUGCUGAGCCCGGAUUUCAGCCCAAUGCGAACUUUUGUUCUCUUCCACUCAAGACAUCUGACGACCCGGCUGGAUCAAGCCUCCUGGAACAUACUCUGGGACACUGCGUCCCGUAUACCUCCCCGUCAUUGUCUGCGACACUGCUCAAUUCCACCAGUGAGAACGUCAACUUACGACGGGAUACUGCCGGUAUGAGUUCCCGGAAUAGUCCAACCACAGAUAUUAGAAGGCCAGUACAAAGUGCACCCUCCAUUUCGCGCUCCGGCAUAUCAGCUGCAGUUUCAACCGCCGGUCCGGCUCUCUCUCCUCGCAUCACAAUGUCUCAGCUUCUGUGUUCGGCGAGCAGUACUUCAACUACUAACAAUUUUGUAACAGGCAAUUGUGGACUACAGUCUAGUCCGUCCACACCGUAUGACUACCCUGCAACCAGUUUGUCGGAACGUGACGGAAUAUGUUUCAAAGAUCCAUAUUCUCGUCCUGGUCAGCCGCAACCGCCACCUACAAGCACUGCUCAAGCAAUGAAACCACUACCUGUGAAAGAUUAUCCCGCCCCUGUCGCCAUGGCAGGCUCUCCGAUUCCUCGUAGUGCAGAGUUUCAGCCACCGUGUGUCGCCGCAAAUGCUUCCGCGUCCUCAACUAACCCCAAUCGGACUUCUCCGGGUGUGCUUCAACUAACCCCAAUCGGACUUCUCCGGGUGGUUUGUGCUUCACGUUAUCGAUCCACGGCUGGACUACGCUAUCACUAUCACAGUCAGCAUUCAGGUUAUACACCCAAAAACCCGAUUUCCGCGUCAGCUUCGCGACUUGUGGUUCCGGUUGGUGAAGAACGUGGGAUUGGUGGUGGGCUUCGCGGUGGUCGGCCUAGACGGCAUAAAGGUUCAGCUCUGGACGGUAGAGGACGCGGGAGACUCAAGGAGUCCAAUGACACGAAAGCUCCGAAUCGUGCAAACGUAUCCGGUUCUGGCAGUGGUAUCCCUUGUAUGGAAGAGACCGACGGCUUUCGCUCUGCCGUAGCUGCUCACGACCCAUUAUCUGGCCCGGAAAGGCAUACCUCACCCCGUUCGGACCCGUUCACGCCAUCUUUCUCGGGACAUUACAUGUCAUCUGGCCAAAGCACCGGUUCCAGCAACGCUACCGUCGGAAUGACAUCAAACAGAACGUCGGAAGUGACUAACCCUGGGGGCGUGCAUUCAUCUAUGCGUCCUUUUGCCCGUUCCAGUUGGGUGGAUUUCUAUCCAAACAGAUCGUUGGACGAUAAGAACGAAUCGAAAUUCGGCCCUUCAAUCAGUGGAUUACUCGCUAGCCCUGGAGGUCAGCCAGUGACCUCUUCGGACAAUGACAUUGUCGAGUUGACACAAGGUCCCAGUAGCACAUCUCAUCAACGCGCAAACACGUUACAGUCUUUGGCGGCAAUGGAGAACAACGUUGCAGCCAGUUUAUCCUACCACCCGCGGUCACAAUCGUAUCCACAAUCAUCCGUUCCUAUUUCAUCUUCUGCCAAUUCCUACGCACCGUCCUUGAGCUGGGCGUCAUCACAGGAUCCCUACACAAACGUUGCUGCUGUACCGUCAGACCAACCGUUUACCGCGUUCCAUUCAAGUCCAGCGCAACGCCGUUUUGAACGCCAACGUUGCCCGGAUAGGUUGAGUUUGAACCCUCCACCGAACGCCUCAUGCGUACCGACUUGUGUCUAUUGUCUUGGAGAUGAUCGACUCAAUCCUCGCCUUGGACGUUCGGAAGGCUUGUUGAGAUGCUAUCGUUGUGGUACCUGGGGACAUUUCAGUUGUCUUCAAUUGCCCUCGCAUGUGAUCGAUAUGGCAAUGCGAUAUCCAUGGCAAUGCAUUGAAUGCAAAACCUGCUGGGUUUGUGGUUCCGCGGAACAAGAGCCUCGAAUGGCGUUUUGUGGAGAUUGUGAUCGAACCUUCCACAUUGACUGCCUCCCUAAUCCACUGCCGCGUGUCCCGACAACGCAUUGGACUUGUUAUAUCUGCGUGCAUGGAUUGUACGCAAUGCCCCCGACUAGCACGAUAAUCGAGCCGCAGUACUGAACACCCAUCGGCGAUAUCCGUCAAUGCCACAGACAGGCAGACAGAUCUCUUUGACGCGCGUUUCCCAUCGCAUUUCCAAUCUUCUUGCUGUUGUGCUGUGCAUCGCGUCGUGACUGUUUCACAGAGAAGCUAUAUCCAACCUCCCGCCUCGUUUUUUCUCUCCCCCCUCAUUUUCUUUUCUUCAGAUUCCGCGUAUGCAGACAGCUGUUCUAGAAAAAAAGUUCGCCAUUGUCUUCUUUCGAUGGUGUUCCUUGUUUUGUAUUUUUCGCUCCGGUCAUUUCAUGAUGUUGCAUUACCUCAUGGUCGCCCUUUCACAUUCAUCACCGCAGACAGCUGUUUUGCUUUUUAGCUUCCGUAUUUAGCCUUUUUUUAUUAUCUUGCAUUGUGUUCACAAUCCUCCACACCUGACAAUCAUCAGCGCUGAUCGUUUCUAUUCGGACUGACUUGUGUUUUUUUUGUUUGCCUUGUGUUAUUUAAAAGCGAGUUGUUGACGGAGAAGUUCGUCUCACUGCUGUUGUUUUUUUUCGGUCUGCGAAUAUCAUUUGUUUUGAUCCUGACCUGCUUGCUUUGUCCUCGGUUUCCUUACCAUACCACGUACAGUACGUACUAUUACUAUUAUUAUUAUACUUCUUAUUAUCGAUAUUAUCGUUUCCCUCAUUUUUAUUCCCGAUUUCGUCUUUUCCUCCCCAGUGUAUUUCCCUCAUAUGCAAUCACGUGAAUGAAGUUUGCAGAGAAAGCACCAAGUGAAUUACGA